AUGAUCACGGACAGUGGAUCUUGUCUAUUCUCGCAGAAGUCUCUAGAACUCUUUUGUCCAUCCAAUCUCAGCGUAGAUAAGGUACUUCCCGUCUACUUGCACAAUUCGCUUGAGAAGCUGGUACGGAGCUAUAAGAUGGAUUCGAAUCCCGAUGAUGUCAAGUUGUUGGAUUUCAUUCAAAAUAAGUUUACCUGCUGUGGCGUUGUGGGAGUUGAGGACUAUUGGGAAUCGCGUGUUCCCUCCUCCUGUGGUGCAACCAUUGCGGAGCGCACUCAGCGGCCGGGAUGCCAGUCUAAGAUCCUUCUAUCAGGGCAGGAGAACCUCUCAACAAUGACAGGCAUUGGUAUCGGAUUUGGUGUAAUAAUGGUGAGACGCAUACUUAUGGAAAGCUAA